ACUGAAUGAGUGAGUGAUAUACUGUAUCACUAAUAGGUUAGCGCAUUGAAAGUGUUGUAUUGAAUGCAAUGUCAAUAUACAGGUAAUACUAUAAACACUUUAAUACUGUAUAAUACACAACACAUUGCAUAUCAAGUGAGCAAUGAUUACAUAAUGCGUUAAAUUGUUGUUCAAAUAAUGCAUUGAAAUAACAUUUAUUGAAAAUAUAUUAAAAACAAUUGAUUUUAUGCUAUGUUUUGACUAAUUAUUGUUGAUUUGCAACACAUUUGUAACAAUCAUUGUCUGCACUCUUGAGUUGUCAUCACUGCAACAGAUGUGUCUCUAAAUGAUUGACUAAAAGACAUGUUUGUUGUCAUUAAUAUUAAUAUGAUUUGAAUGACUCAAUCAUUUUGAAUAUCUAUUUGUUUAUAUCUUUGUUUAACUCUUAUAAACCAAUAGUUUAGUCACAAUUAUAGCACAAUAUUUGAUCCAAAAGUGAUGUCACGAGCGGUGAGGACAAGGACUCCAACUUUUCGGUUCAAUCGCAAUGAAGACGAUUUGCUCGAAGAAGUUAUUCAAACAAAUGAAGAGUUGAGUGAAACAAAUGAUUCAGUGGACACUUCACUCAAUUUGUCCAUUGAAUCGGUUGAUAACAGUUUGACGGCCAAUGACCACAAUUCCAGUCAUUUGAGUGCUUUGUUGGCCAAUAAAGAUAGACUCACAGUCCGAGACUUCUUCAACUCAAAGCUCAAUAAGACAAAGAGUUUGGAUGAAGACAAUAGCAAAGAGUCGGGUAUUGCUUCCAAUUGGUUUAAUGACAUGAAGAUAAAGAUUAAAGAGAAAAUAGACGAAAGAAAACGAGAGAAAGAAUUAAAACAAUCGAUUAAUACCGAUGUUAGUGAUAAUGAUGUCCAAAAAGAGACAACAAUUGUCAAUAAAAAUGUGAUGAAUGAAACAAAUGAAGAGAAUAACAGAAAUAAAAUAAAUCAUUUGUCCGGUGAAGACAACGAAACCAUUCCAUUGGUAACUGAUUUACAGAUUCAGUCAAUUGAUAAUAGCUAUAGUGUUAAUGAAAACCUCAUUAUAAGUAAAUCAUUUGAAAACCCUAUGGUUUCCAUUGUUCCGGAAAUCGACAACAAAUGUGAAGACAAGUGCGAAACUCGACAAUUGCUUCAUCUAAAUAAUUACAGCCGAAUUGUUAAUAUAACGGCUGCAGUAAUUGCAUUCAUAUCUUUGAUUAUAUCGAUGGCACUUCCAGUUCCUUCAUUUAUAAGUGGAUUAUUGUUUGGAUUUAUUUUGACAGUAAUUCUGUUUUCAGUAUUAGGUUUUUAUCUAAUUUCUAACUAUUUAGUUGUGACGCCAACCGACAGCAGAAAAAAUAAUAUUAAAAAGGAUGUAAUCAUAACUAAUGUUACCAAAGAUGAUGAGAUACAUAAAGGAUGGGUUUAUGAGUUUAUAGGCAAUUAUGGUGAACGCGAUUCAGGAUUUAAAGUUCAAUUAAUAUAUGUUCGUCUUCAGGGAUCAAAUCUAAGACUAUCCAAACCUAAGCACGACUUGAAAAAGCAAAAGUUAAAUUCAAAUUCAUUGCCUGUAUUCAUAUCUCAAAGAUUCUUCGAUUUGUCCAAAAUUUUACAUAAAAGAGUUUAUCUUCUUUUGCCUAAAAGUGUCAGAAAUCAAAAGAAAUACGUUUGGAGUAAAAAAUAUCCGAUUUGUCUUGAAUUAGAAGACAUAAAAACCAAAAAUAUUGUUAAAUUGAUUUUAUUUAUUCGUAAUUGUCGUGAAAAAGAAGAGUGGUUUUGGAAAUUGAGAGAAAAGAUACAACAAAACUUAUAUUCAUUGAUUGGUGCGUCAGAUCCGCCCACACCUAAUACCAGUUGCGAUACGAUAUCUACCGAAAUGGAUCGAUUGCCUCGAACUCAAUCCUUAGAUCUCGGAUCCUUACAAAGCGCUACAACUUUUUCUUCGAUGUCUAAUUCGCCCACAAGUCCUUCAAAAGAGUUAUUAAUAUUAUCAAAACAAAUAGAUUACAAUUUUUUUAUUAAUAAUUUAGUAACACUUAAAACGGAUAAUACGUCUUCCCUUUCGUGGUUUAACGCAUUGAUAGGUCGUAUCUGUUUUGAUAUAUUGAACGAACCAUUUUGGUCGACAUAUAUCGCUGCAAAAAUCCAACGAAAACUUCGGCGCUUAAGACUUCCUUAUUUUAUGGAGUCGUUAACUAUCACUGAAAUAGAUGUCGGCAGUACUUUGCCUUCAUUUAAUAGUGUCCCGAACCCACCCAUUGUUGAUAGUAAAGGAUUAUGGAUUGAUUUUGAUAUCACUUACUCUGGAGGGUUUACAAUGACUUUGGAAACCAAAUUAAAUUUAAUGAAACUUAAAGAACAGGCUAAUGGCGCACAAGAAAUGAAAAAUUUUUCGGAAAGACCUGAUUUGGAUCUUUCGGACAACGAUAGCGAUUCUAUACUUAGCAGUUCUGAAGAUGAAAUAGAAGAGAAACCUCCCGUUGAUCUCGAAGACGCUGAUAACACCAAAAAACAACAAAAGAUUCUCAAAUUUGUCGAUAAAAUCGCUUCUUCCCCCUAUUUUCAGAAAGUGUCAGAAAAUAAAUAUGUAAAGCGAGCCAUGGAAGAGGUGUCCAAAACUGCACUUAUACUGACAGUUCAAAUACAAACUCUGAACGGAACAUUAGCUAUUAAUAUUCCUGAACCGCCAACCGAUCGAUUGUGGUAUGGUUUUAGAGGCAAUCCCGAUCUAGUCCUGUCCGCCCGACCCAAGUUGGGUGAACAUGAAGUUAGUAUCAGUCAUAUAACAGAUAUAAUUGAGCGUAAACUACGUGCAGAGUUUGCUAAAGUGCUAGUAAUGCCUAAUAUGGAUGAUUUGGUGAUACCUGUUCUUACAGCUAAUAUUGAACAAUACGUAACUACAGUGCCUUAAUCCCAGUAUUGCACAUCUGUUAGAUUGUGGUCAAUGUAAUAACAAAAAUAAUAUCUUUUAUCCAAUUGUUGCAAUUAUAAUAAUUUCUAUUUUAGUUAAUUAUUUAUAUUUUAAUUAAUUUUC